AUGAAGGUUUACCUGCCACUGGGCAUUGAAAGGAGCACAAGAGUUGUGCAGAAGGAUCAGAAUCCAAUCUGGAAUGAGACUUUGAUGUGGUAUCUGGACCAGGAGCUUCUGGACAACAGUUCUUUUGCCAUCGUUAAACUCCUUGAAUGGGGCACAAAAAUCCAAAACAGGGAUUUUGGCAGUGUGGAAGUUGCCUUAGGAGGAGCAGCUGAAAAACCAAAUGUCAUGAUGAUAAAGAAAAAUCAAAGUCUGCGAAAUAACAGUCUGCAGCCAACCGGGGCUUCUGGCAUAGAAGAAUUUACUCUCAAAGAAAACGAGGCACCUCAAGUACCAGCUCCAACAUCAACCACCACGAAAGAGCUUUCCAACAAGAAACAACUGUUCCAGGUGCGAGUUAUCAUCAUCGAAUGUAGACAACUGCAAGAAAACAACGUCAAACCGGUGGUGAAAACCUUUGUUCAAAAUUUCAACGAGACGCCUCUUCACCUUUUUGAUCAGUUUAUUACCAUACAGAUUGAGAUGGGACUUGUAUAUGACUCUCCAGGUCAUGCUAUGAUUUCCAAAUGGUUGAGCCUCUAUGAUCCAGUGAAUCUCAAUGCUGGAUUUAAGGGCUAUGUGAAGGUCACCCUUUGUGUCCUGGGAGCUGGGGAUCGUGCACCGGACUUGGACCGGCCAGCAGAGACUGGUGAUUUAGAAUCCAAUCUGCUACAGCUGGCAAGUGUGCCAGCUGCACGCACAGCCUCCCUCCAGCUGUACAUCUACCGAGCAGAAGAUGUCCCACAAAUACAAGACGACACAGUGACACCUUUCACGGCCCCACCUGUGGAUCCUCUCAGCAUCUCUGUGGACCCUUCCCUGGAAGUUAAUUUUGGAGGACGAGUGCUAAGGACCAAGGUCAUUCUUGGAGACACCAACCCUGUGUGGAACCAGGUGCUCUGUUUUCCCAUGCAGGAAGAAGGGACCACGUAUCGUGGAAGAGUUCUUAUGGAGCUGCGGACUCUCAGGGAACCAAUACCAGUUCAGAAAAUUGAAGACAUCCCUGGAGAAACUGUUAAAAAGAUGCAGUAUUUCUUGCCUCAGUUCCGAUAUGGUCUAUGCGUUGUUUUUUACUCUGCUACCAUGUUGGCUGAUAUCACGGAACCAAUCCAGUUUGAGGUCAGCCUAGGGAACUACGGGAACAAAUUUGAUGAGACCUGCAAACCAUUUGCCUCCACCACUCAGUACUGCCAUGCUGUCUAUGAUGGUAACUUCUACUAUUACCUACCAUGGUAUGACACUAAACCCAUGGUGACCAUCACUUCCUUCUGGGAGGAUGUUAGCUACCGCGUUGCCUGCACAAACACCCUCCAGUUCAUUCAUGAGAGGCUGAAAAAGAAUCUGGAUACUCUUAAAACCAUCCUCCAGCCCCAUGACCCAUUGGUGGCUGUUGUUUGGAAGAAGCUUCAGAAAGAGUUGGUCGAAGACUGCAAGAAGCCUUUGCCAGCUUUGGACAUCCAGAAAGCUGUGACCGUCCUCGAUAAACAGCUGUGGAAGCUACGGGUUCGGGUACUUCAACAAAUCGGCAAGGCUGCAGAGAAGACCAACUGGAAAACCCCCUUGCAGAAACUCAUCCCUAAAGUUGAGGGGUGGCUGAAUCGGAUUGCUUCCGUCGCAGUCGAGACUCAAAUAAGUAUCCCCGAUGUGAUGAUCUGGAUGCUGUUGGAUGACCAACGUGUGGCCUAUGUGCGGGUGAAGUCCCAGUCCAUAAUGUUCUCCAAAGACGGCCCCUAUGCCAAAGGCAGGCUUUGUGGCAAAACUCAUACCCUUUUCCUAAAGGGUAUGCAAAGCAAAAUGAAUUAUGACCCCAUCCCUGCCGUGCUCCGGGUUCGAAUGUGGAUGGGGCGGAUGGCUGACUGCGCAGACUUCAUGAGAUGUUGCGAAGGGAGGAUCGCGGUCUACGCAGAAACGUAUGAAAACCAAAAGAAGACACACGGAAUAUGGGGAGUCAUGGAUCUUAUGCCGCACCCCAACUUUUCAGAUGUGACUGGACAGGUCAGCCUCCCCAAAGACACGUUCCAGCUACCCACAGGUUGGCAAUGGGACAGCGAGUGGGCUGUGGAACCCCAAAGGAGGCUGUUGCUGGACAAAGAGACCAACUAUUCCGAAGUGAUUCAGGAAGUUUACGAGAACCAGAGUCGACAGCCUAGCCGUCGAUGGAAACCAGCCAGGGUCCCUUACAGCAACGCGAGUGGGGUUCCUGCUCCCCGAAAAGAAGACAUCUUGUGUCCUCCUGGAUGGGUCUUUGUAGAAGAAUGGAAAGUGGAAUUGAACCGGGCUGUGGACGAUGCUGGAUGGGAGUAUGGCGUUGCCAUCCCACCUGCUGAGUUUCCUCACUCCUGGAACACAGCUGAGAAGACCUACCACACACACCGGCGGCGACGUUGGCUCAGGAAGCGUUUCCGGAACCUCGGCAGGGAGACUCAACAAAAUCAGAUGGCCGCUUUUCUCCAGCUGCACUUAGAUAUUAAAGUGAAAGAGGAUGUCUGGGAAUAUGCACCUCUCUACGGCUGGAGAUUCCACCUCCAGAGGCAACCAGAUGAUGUUUUUCGGCGACGUUGUUGGCGCAGGAAGCUUGCUCCGGUGGCACCCAGCCUGGUGGCACCCAUUUUCUACUUGGAAGGUUCCUUGGGUGUGGAGGUUGGAGACCGACAGAAAAAGAAAAAAACUGAAGCAGGAAGGAAAGAUGAAAAAGAGGAGGUGGAACUAGAGCCACCUGCUUCCCAAGGUCUCUUGAAGAAGAACACUCCUCUUCUCUACUGCGUCUUCAAGGGUCCAAUGUAUUUCCAGUUGCGCUGCUACAUGUACCAAGCCAGAGACCUUCUGAGAAGCAUUGUGAAAGGGACCGCAGAUCCUGUGGCUCAUGUCUCUUUCCUUCAUUUGAGCCACUGCACCCACGUUAUCAGCGGCACGUUGCACCCAUGCUGGGAUGAGACCCUCCUCUUUGAAGACAUUUUGAUUUAUGGAGAUCCUCAAGGGACGGCUCAGGAUCCCCCCAUUGUGGCCGUGGAGAUCUUUGACUAUGAUUCAGGCGCCCGAUCCAAUGAUUUUAUGGGAAGAUGCAUCUGCAUUCCAAUGGUGUGCCUGGAUCUGAAUGUACGAAGUAUACCCCGUCUCCAGAAGCAUCCUAUCACCAGAAACGAAGAGGAGAAUGGUUACCUCAUGGCUGCUUUUGAGCUUCUCUUGGAUAGGAAGGACGGAUCCAUGGGGAAACUUCCACCUCCUACUUGGAAAGUUGGUGUUUAUACAAUCCCCAAAGGAAUCCGGCCCAUUUUGCGGCUGAUGGCUGUGGAGAUUCUUGCCUGGGGUCUCCGAGACAUGAAGAAUUACAAUCUGAUGGUCGUGAACAAUCCUAGCCUCAUUAUAGAGUGUGGGGGAGAAUCCAUUCAGACAACCACCAUCAGGAACUUUCAGGAAUACCCAAAUUUUUCAAUUAACGUCUAUCUCAUGAAAGUGUACCUGCCUGUUGAUGAAGAUUAUUCCCCUCCCAUUGAACUGAAGGUGAUCGAUCACCGCGAUUUUGGAUAUAAGCCAGUGGUGGGCCAAGCUACAGUCAGAUCUCUGAGUCAAUAUUACUGCAAUCCAUUGGAAGAAAGCAAAGUCCAUAACCUACCGCCCCGAGAGAUUGACCAGCUUCAAAUUAUGGUCUUGGAGGAAAGCGAAAGAAAAGAAGAUCGACAAGCUCAGCAUCUUAGCCACUGA